CUCCUGUUGUCCGUCAUCUCCUCCCCUUCCUAUCCCCAUCCUCUUCGAACUGCACCAAUCCACGACCCGUGCCGAACAAGACUCUUAUCUCUGUUUCUCUUGCGUCUUUCUUUUUCUUCUAUACCCCUCCUAAUUCCGCAAAUAUGCAGCGUGCUCUCGCCUCCCGAGCCAGGACUUCGGCUCUGGCCUCGGCCUCCAGUCAAUUCCGUCAUGGUGCUGCUGUCAGCCAGGUUCGGUUCGCUCACAAGGAACUCAAGUUCGGCGUGGAAGCGCGUGCCGCGCUCCUUACCGGUGUCGAGACCCUUGCGAAAGCUGUCGCUACUACCCUCGGUCCUAAGGGCCGUAACGUCCUCAUUGAGUCGAGCUUCGGCUCACCCAAGAUCACAAAAGAUGGCGUCACCGUCGCCAGGGCUAUCAGCCUAAAAGACAAGUUCGAGAACCUUGGUGCUCGCCUUCUCCAGGACGUCGCCUCCAAGACAAAUGAGGUCGCCGGUGAUGGUACUACAACCGCAACUGUUCUCGCGCGCGCCAUCUUCUCCGAGACCGUUAAGAAUGUUGCCGCCGGCUGCAACCCCAUGGACCUGCGACGUGGUAUCCAGGCCGCCGUCGAUGCGGUCGUGGACUACCUCCAGCAGCACAAGCGUGACAUCACCACCACCGAGGAGAUCGCCCAAGUUGCCACCAUCAGCGCCAACGGCGACGAGCACAUUGGCAAGUUGAUUGCCAGCGCCAUGGAGAAGGUCGGCAAGGAGGGCGUCAUUACCGUCAAGGAGGGCAAGACCAUGGCCGAUGAGCUUGAGGUUACCGAGGGCAUGCGCUUCGACCGCGGCUUCGUCUCGCCCUACUUCAUCACCGACGCCAAGACCCAGAAGGUCGAGUUCGAGAAGCCUCUUAUCCUCCUCUCCGAGAAGAAGAUCUCCGCCGUUCAGGAUAUCAUUCCCGCUCUCGAGGCCUCUACUCAGCUGCGCCGUCCUCUGGUCAUCAUUGCCGAGGAUAUCGAGGGCGAGGCCCUUGCCGUCUGCAUUCUGAACAAGCUUCGCGGCCAGCUUCAGGUCGCAGCCGUCAAGGCUCCCGGCUUCGGCGACAACCGCAAGUCCGUCCUGGGCGAUCUCGCUGUGCUCACCAACGGCACUGUCUUCACCGACGAGCUCGACGUCAAGCUCGAGAAGGCUACCCCCGACAUGCUCGGCUCUACCGGCUCCAUCACCAUUACCAAGGAGGACACCAUCAUCCUCAACGGCGAGGGUUCCAAGGACUCCAUUGCUCAGCGCUGCGAGCAGAUUCGCGGUGUCAUGAACGACCCCUCCACCUCCGAGUACGAGAAGGAGAAGCUGCAGGAGCGCCUGGCCAAGCUGUCGGGCGGUGUUGCCGUUAUCAAGGUUGGCGGCUCCUCUGAGGUUGAGGUCGGCGAGAAGAAGGACCGCUUCGUCGACGCGCUGAACGCCACCCGGGCCGCCGUUGAGGAGGGCAUCCUUCCCGGCGGUGGCACGGCCCUCCUCAAGGCCUCCACUCAGGCUCUGGGUAAUAUCAAAUCUGCCAACUUCGACCAGCAGCUCGGUGUCAGCAUCGUCAAGAACGCCAUCACCCGCCCCGCCCGUAGCAUCGUGGAGAACGCUGGCCUGGAGGCCUCUGUCAUUGUUGGCAAGCUCACCGACGAGUACGCCAAGGACUUCAACAAGGGCUUCGACAGCUCCAAGGGCGAGUACGUCGACAUGAUCCAGGCUGGUAUCCUUGACCCCUUCAAGGUCGUCCGCACUGGUCUCGUCGACGCUAGCGGCGUUGCUUCCCUGCUCGGCACCACCGAGGUUGCCAUUGUCGAGGCUCCCGAUGAGAAGGGUCCUGCCAUGCCCGGUGGCAUGGGAGGUAUGGGCGGCAUGGGCGGAAUGGGCGGCAUGAUGUAAAAACACUGUUCAAUUGCCUUGAAAAAAUAUCUUGUAUCAUCAAAAAGCAAUCGGGGACAUGGGGUCUGCACGGUCGGCGUGGGUUCGGUGUUAUAUUUACAGGAUGGAUCAAUGGCUGGCUGCCUUGUAGUAAUCUCCUCUCUGUCCGUCUUCCUCCCUUCCUCACGGCACUCUUAUUGAGGCCAGACCUUGUUUGAUUAGGACAUAGAUUCAUUCCCCUUGAGUCAAGGCAGCUUGGGCAAGAGGCUCUGUAUUGAUAGCUACCAUCAGCAAUGUAACAUCAGACGACCACUCAAUACAAAAUGAGUAAAACUUG